AGAUCCCUCAAGCUUAGCGCUUUCCUAUCUUUCCCCGUCUCCUUCAUCACCAAUCUGAAAUAACAACACAGAUCCUCAGCUCCCUUGAAUUUUCUCGUAAUUUUGAGGGCAAAGCCGAGGUUUGAUAUUAGUUUUGUUGGCAUUAAAAUGUCUUCCCCAAGCAAGAGGAGAGAGAUGGAUGUAAUGAAGUUGAUGAUGAGUGAUUACAAUGUGGAAACUAUAAAUGAUGGACUCAAUGAAUUCAAUGUGGAAUUCCAUGGUCCAAAAGAGAGCCUUUAUGAAGGUGGCGUGUGGAAAAUUCGUGUUGAGCUUCCUGAUGCUUAUCCAUACAAGUCUCCUUCUAUUGGAUUUGUGAACAAGAUAUUCCACCCCAACGUUGAUGAGCUGUCUGGUUCUGUAUGUUUGGACGUUAUUAACCAGUCAUGGAGUCCAAUGUUUGAUCUUUUAAAUGUCUUUGAAGUCUUUCUUCCACAGCUUUUGCUCUACCCAAAUCCUUCAGACCCUCUGAAUGGUGAUGCAGCAUCAUUGAUGAUGAAGGACCAAAAGCAAUAUGAUCAGAAAGUUAAAGAAUACUGUGAGCGUUAUGCAAAGAAAGAAAAUAUCAUGAACUCCAAGGCUAAAGAGGAAAGUGAAGAUGAGGAUGUCACAGAUGAUGAAAGUGGAUCAAGUGAUGAUGAAAUUGCUGGACAUGCUGACCCAUAAUGAACUUUAGGGGACUUUGCUUUCUACGAAAUCAAAAUCUAAGAUAAUAAUUGCAAUGAGAAUCCCCAUAUUUCAUCUUGAUCACAGUAGGAAAGAAGAGAGAAGGAAAUGAUAAGUGAAUUUAGUGAUUUGAAAAUACAAGGACUCACAUUGAAAAUGGAUAACAUAGGAUAAGAAUUAGAUCACAUAUUCUAUUUAAUACAGUCUCUUGUUUAAUAGUUAUUUAAUUUUCUGGCUAGCUUAUAUACUCAUCUGAUUUGAUUCCACUGUGAUGAGAACUCAAAUUAUUUGAACAUUCUGCGAAGAAUCUGCGUACUCUUAUAUCUUUUCUCUUCAUUUUGUGUACUUGCAGUUGUUUUAUCUUUUGCUGGAAUGCGAUCCCUUUGAAAACAGUGAUUAGUUAAACAGACAGAAUUAGUCAUGCUGGCUGAAACAUUUCAUCCAAGCUGCAGUAUGCUUUCUUUUGAUCAGUAUGAAGUUUAGAUGAAUUGACCAUUCCUAUGAACUAUGAACUCCAUUUGUACUUACAAUUCUUUGACCAUAUAAGUACAGAGCAUUUCAAAAAUUAUGUUGUGACCUCUCUAUAUGCAUGUGCGUAGGUACUAGAGUUUGAACUGCAGUUGGUGCCAUUUUGGCUCAUCUCUUCAACCCAUUAUUAACAAUCACAAUGAGAAUUGUAAAUUCAGCCAUGUGGCAGAGAAACAGUACAGCUCUUGUUAUUAUCUGCUUGUGUUCACAAUUACUGAUCAAGAAGAUCUAGUUCAUAAAGGAGAAUGAAGCCAACCACAAUCCCCAUUUUUUCUGAAAUCCUGCAAAAAUGAACAGAAUAAUCAUCAAGCUCUUCCCACUUUUGAUCUUUUUGCUCUUCAGGGUGUUGAAUUCUGAAGAAGAAAGAGUGAGGCAAUCACUGGUGACAUUCAUGGACAA